CACGACAUUUUUGGUAUAAAUGUCAAAAUUAGCACACAUUAACGGAAUCCUACACGACUUUGUACGCGUUGCGGUUGGUCGCGCCGUCCUUGAGCUUCAAUUUGGGGUGCACCAGCACGUAAAUAUCGUCAAUUCGCGCGUCCAGCUGCGCGAUGCGCUCCCGCGUGGUGGCUUCCAACGCGUCCAUGCGUCCGCUGAGCAUGUGGAUCGCAUCCAGGAGCACGCCGGGGUUGAGCGGGAUGCCCGAGAACUUGGCAGCGAGGUCCUUCUGGCCGUACGCGGCGCUGAGGUUGUCGCUCUCCAUGGAGAUGCCCAUUUCGCCGAGCGAGUUCAAGUUGCCGUGGACGUUGCCCAUCAUGUUGAGGUUCAAGUCUUCGUUCGAAUCGAGCGGCAUGCCCAUGUUGAUCGCGCUUUCCUCCACGUCGUACGUGGGCAUGGGCCCGGCCAGUUCCUUGAUGCCGUACCGCUUCUUGAAGCUCUUCAUCCACGCUGGGGUCACUCCGGGCCACGACCCGCUUUCUUCGUGCUUGAGAGACGCGUGGGCGUUGCCUGUGACUUGCGCAAUGAGCUCCGCCGCCUUCUGGUGCAGCGCCUCGUGCGUCACGGGUUUCUGGUGGCACUUCUCCGUGAUCAUCCAUCGGUACAAUUCGCGUUCCACGGCAGGGUACGCUUCGUCGUCGGCGACCUUGAGGGUCUUGCGGCGCAACGAUGCCAAAUGCUUGGCGUCCCCGCAAAAACGCAUGAUGCGUUCCUUGUUCUUCUUGAUGUCGGAGAUUUGCUGGCGAGAAAUACCGAGAAGAGCGGCAAUGUCCACGGGCUUCUCGCCAUUGUCGAGACGCUGGAGAACUUGUUGCUUCUGGUACAACGACACCACGACGCGCUUGCGUUUGUUGGUCGUGGCAGGGCUCGCCACUACGGAAGACGCGGCCAUGGCUGCGGACGGGGAGGGCUUGAUGGCGGACGCGGUCUUGUUGCGGGCGCCACGCUGGCCCUUCCCAGAGGCGAUGGCCGACCCGCCGAGCCCAUCCCCGGUGGCACUGUCGUCGUCGCCUUCGUCCUUGAACCCUCCAUCUAGCGCGUUGAGACCGUCCGGAUAUGUCACUUCAUCAUCCGGUGCCAGACCUUCCACAGCAUCAUUGAGGUCGUUCAUCGGCAAAGCGGCGUUUGUUAUCCGGUUGAAAUCGAAGAAUGGCGUCGGAUGGCUGGGAAAAUCCACUUUUUCGAAGUGUGGCGCGGAUGCAGUGCUCUGAUUAGCGGAAUCUUUCUGUACUUUGGCUUUUAAGCCAAUCAUUAGCCGACAAUUGCGAGGCUGUAAUGUUGGAAAUGACAGAACACGCACUUUUGAACUGCCA